UUGUAUUUGCAUAUUUUAUAAUGAGCCUAUAUUACUAUUGUAAUCAGGUAAAAAAGGAAAGAGAGAAAGAGAGUGUGGGGUCAGUGGUCCAGGACUCAGUCAGUGGUCAGGGUUAGAGUCAGCUCUGCUAGCUUGCGGCGUACCCCGCCUCCUCACCCCCGCUUCUUGUGAAACCAGGGAGGUGACACCGUGCAGCCUCUUCACAAAGGAGCCAGGAAGACUUUCGAGAAUUGGAAUAUAAGAGCCUCAGGAAGUACUGAGCCCCAGGUAAAUGCCAGGACUGGGUACUGCUGUUUUCAUUGUGUUUUUUACAUCCUAUUGAAUCCAAAUGCCGCAAUUCCCAUGGUGGACCAUGCAGAGGGCAGCCGGCCUCCUGAGAGUCUGACGAGAGAGCUCAGCUCCCAGGGUGUGUGGUCAGGACUCCGACUCUGGAGCCGAUGGCAGGGACUUGCUAGCUAGUCUUGACGUCCACUUGCUGUGUGUCUUGGGCAAAUUACUCCCCCUCUCUGAGCCUCAUUUCUUCAUUUGCAAAAUAGGAAUAAUAAUAACCAUGCUUGUCCCAUAAGGUUGUUGGGAGCAGUAAGUGAUUAAUAUAGAGAGAGCCUGGCUGAGGGGACCACAGCUGGCCUGCUGUCUUCUUUGCGAGGUAAUGUAACUUGAGUGUUUAAGAGCAUGGACUCUGCCUUUCAGUUCCUGGCUCUACUGCUCACUUGCUCUGUGACAUUGGGCCAGUUCCCUACCCUCUCUGUGCCUGUGUCCUCAGCUGUAACACUGAGCUAAUAAUAGUACUUAACUUCCAUAAGGUAAGUGAGAGGCUAGGUGAGUCAAUAUCCAGCGUCCCACCCAGGAUUCCAUGCUGUUAGCUGUUAUAAUAAUUGUAUCAGACUUAAUCCUCAUGAAUUUCCCGGCUGUGUUUAUUUUAUGGGUGAGAAAACAGGCUCCUGGAAGUCAAGGGCUCCAGGGUGGAAGUCUGACUUUGUCUCAGGGCCGGCAGGGUUAACGGAGUUGGGGGGGGGGGGGGGGCCAGCUCUGCCCCCAGGCGGCCAUUCGUGAGCUCUCUCCCUGCGGGUCAUUCCCGGGCUCUGGACUCCUUCCUUCAUAUCUUCCUCCUGCGGCUGUCCCGUCCUCUUUCCUGUUUUUCUAUUCCCACACCAUCAGCCUGAGCGAUAGCAGCCUGGUCUCCGAUCACUUCUCCAUCUCUAGUCCCCAUCCUUCACCCCUAUUUUUGAAUGAGCAUCCCAGACUCCGGGCCUGGUUUCAAAUCCCAGCUCUGCUACUUACUCGCUGUGUGGCCUCGGGGAGUUCCUUAGCCUCUCUGCAACUCAGGUUCCUCCCAUGUAAACAGAGGUGAUAGCAGUACCUGCCUCCAAGUGGUUUUGCCAGGGUGAAAUGAAGUGGUGCAUGUCAGGUUCUGAGAACACAGCCUGGCCCACAGGCAGUGCCGUGAAAGUGGUGGGUAUUACCGUUGUUGUUUGUUGUUGUUGCUGUGGACACAGUAGAAUUUAAUAGCUGCUGUUUUCCCAAUCCCAGAAAGAGAUCCCAGUUCCCCCAGAGGCAGGUGUUCUGCCAGGUGCCUCAACACCGGAGCGCUUUCCACAGCCGGAACCGGUGGUCAGGGUGUGAGUUACUUCUCAACUCCUGACUCACCUUGGUUAGCCGCAGCUGGGCGGGGCAUGCAGGGUGGCAAUGCCAGGGUUACGGGCAGGGGAUGCCCAUGCCAAGCUUAGCCAGGCGGUGUCUAGUUGGACCUCCAUUCUACCCCAGUCCUUCUGAAGCAGCGAGGGGAGCCUCAGGGGUGUUGGGGGGCCACCGGGCACAUUCCGUGACACUGGUCCAGGCAGGCGGCUGAACAUGACUCAAGUGGAAAUAGUGGGGCCUGUGGGCGAGUCACGCUGCAUGGUCACGGGCUCCCAAGCUGCGAGGGCAGAGUUGGCUCAGGCCGAGAGAACAGCUUUCAGAAGGUUUUUGGCUCAGCUGUGUCCAGGGUGUGAGUGGGGGAGGCAGAGAGCCAGGUAAGGGAAAAUGAGGCAAGAGAAGGGUGGGAGUCAGGUGAAGGUGCUCAUUAAUGCCAGCCCCUGGGCAAAUGUCAGUCUGUCACAGGAGGCGAGGGGAUCCUGCUUCCAGGAUGUGGAUUCUGAGGCUGACAGGUGACCUCGCAUUGGACAUGACGUUUCUGUUCUGGAACACACAACAAGAUGGAACCUAGUCUUGCUUCAUGACAGACUCGCAUCACUGCUUCCUCGCUCCAGGACGGGAUGUAUCCUCUCGACAUGGCCACCUCCCCUCAGCCACUCACCACCAAGGUCGCCAGUUCCGAGAACAGCAGCGCCUUCUAUGACUACGAGUACUACUUGGACCAGGCGGCCUUCAUGCCCUGCAUGAAGGACGAGGUGCUGGCCUUUGGCAAAGUCUUCCUGCCGGUCUUCUACAGCCUGGUCUUUGUGCUGGGCCUGAGCGGGAACCUCCUGCUCCUAGUGGUCUUGCUCCGGUACGUGCCUCGCAGGAGGAUGACUGAGGUCUACCUGCUGAACCUGGCCAUCUCCAACCUCCUGUUUGUGGUGACCCUGCCCUUCUGGAUCACCACUGUGGCCUGGCAUUGGGUCUUCGGGAAUGUCUUGUGCAAGAUGGUGAGCGCUCUCUAUACCAUCAACCUCUACAGUGGCAUCUUCUUCAUUAGCCUCAUGAGCCUGGACAAGUACCUGCAGAUCGUCCACGCUCAGCCCCACCACAGGCUGAGGCCCGGGGCCAAGCGCUGGCUCCUGGCUGUCAUCGUGUGGGCGGUGGCCCUGGCUGUCUCCAUCCCUGACAUGGUCUUUGUGCGGAUCCAUGAAAACCACGAGGGUGUGUGGAACUGCCAUGCGGAUUUCGGGGGGCAUGCGACCGUCUGGAAGCUCAUACUCCGCUUCCAGCAGAACAUCCUGGGGUUUAUCCUCCCACUCUUCGCCAUGAUCUUCUUCUACUCCCGCAUCGGCUCUGCCCUGGUCAGGCUGAGGCCCCCGGGCCAGGGCCGGGCUCUAAAGGUAGCCGUCUCCCUGGUGGUGGCCUUCUUCGUGCUGUGGUUCCCGUACAACCUCAUCUUGUUCCUGCACUCGCUCAUGGACCUGAAAGUCUUUGGGGACUGCGAGACCAGCAAUUACCUGGAUUAUGCGCUGCAGGUCACAGAGAGCAUCGCCUUCCUUCACUGCUGCUCCACACCCAUCCUCUACGCCUUCUCCAUCCGCUGCUUCUGCCAGUACCUAAAGGCUUUCUUGGCCGAGUUGUUUGGACGGCGCCAGGGACCAUGCCCUGCCCAGGCCCCACUGUCCAGCUGUUGUGAGAGUAGCAGCCUCACUGUCCAAGAAGAAAUGACCAGCAUGAAUGACCUUGAGGAGGGGCAGGCUGAGGACUCCCCCAACAAGGGGGCUGUCGGGGGAAAUAAAGCCUCAGCGGCCAUGCCACAGUCCGGUGAGAGCGGAGGGGACCCAGCUCAGCUGGGCAUCCACCCAGCGUCUUCUCUCCAAGGGCCCCCGUGACCACGCUGCUCAGCCCAGAGCUCAGUUCUCAACCCUCAGCAGCACCCGCUCACUCCUUCCAGGACAUCAUACUCCCUGAUCUGCUGCAGUGGUUGCCCAACUGACCUCUGUGUCCUAUUGCCACCGUCUCCUAUCAUCUCAUCUGCACCCGCAGCCAGAGUGAUUGCAACACCUUCGGCCUUCACUGCCAUCUCCCUCCCAGAAGCCUGCGGCCUCCCACCCACCAGGCCGCUCCUGGCCCUCGCGUUCAGCUGGGGAAAUCCUGGUGUUGUUUUGUUUAAUGCUGCAACCUUGGUGGUGGCUCCGGAGCCUGGCAGUCCGGAGGCUCUGGACAUGCAGCACCUGGGGACCUGCCGAGGGGGAAAGGCAGACGCGGCUCCGUCCAGGAGCAGGGCUGCCCCCUCCACCCUGGGAAGUGUGGCGAGGGCAUUCACAGCAGUUACUACCUAGGAAAACAUCGCUUUUCUUCCCGGGGAGCCUGGAAUUCCACCAGUGGCACGUCAUUCCCGACUGGCUUUGUUAUAAGCUUUCCUCACAGAAUACACAUAGCGGGCUUUUCUCUGAGGGAGAGAAACACUGGUGCAGAAAUGAGAGCUGCUGGGUCAGGACAGGUCUCAGUCUUCCUACU